AUGGAAUCCUUCUCUCUUGCUGCACAGCACGCAGGUGCUAUCAACCACGUGCACAUCAUCCGCCUUGAUCCGACUACUGCGGCUGCGGUACGCGAGCUACGUAUUAUAGUGACGGUCGUCGUCGCUGGCUGGGUCGCUAUCCAGGGAAAGGGGAGUCCACAUCGUCGACCGAAAAUUACUCAUCCAUCGGCAAUCCCAAAUGAGCAGCUCUCCCAACGAGCCACCGAAGCAUUAUUUCGUCCACCAUUACUAGAGCCUUUAGUUGGAGAACGACAACGGCAACGCAGGAUUAGUCGGAAGAAAAAUGGCGUCCGAGUUAGCAGGCGUCUUCCCUCGCGAGGAACGGGGGAAUCUACGAGUGGCGGUAAACAGUAUUCGCUAAUGCAAGCCCCCGAGUUCACAGAGGACCAUCCAUAUUGGGGUACCCUACGACAAUCGCAAAUACCCAAUAUGAAGCCCAAGACGACAACCUCAAUUGAGAAUAAGCAGCUCUGUAGGGGUCGCACUCAAGCCCAAACUGAUAAUAGAAAUUAUUCAACUAAAAAGAUGGAGCAUAGUAGCCAGAUAGCCGGUGGCCUACGACGGAGGGGUAUGAGUAUUGCAGCGCGGAAUCGAGGAAAGGCCCGAGAGAAAAGAUUUGGCCUUGCAGAUCCUCUCGUCUGGGAUGCACUUAAUAGAUCACUAGUCCAACAACGACAGUUAUCAACCCUAGUCAUACCAGAGGAGGCAGCAGUAGAGCAUUUUCAGUCGCCAGAAAUCCCUUCUCGAACUUCAAGCCAGCGCAAGGCCUUGAAUCGCUUUACAAGACAACUUGAGAAGUAUGCAGAUGCCGCCGGGGCAGUUGGCAAGGCUCCAGUCAGGACGCCCACGGAUUCUGACUCGAAGAUGUCAUAUCAUACUGUUCAGCCCCUCUUACCAUAUCAGAAGGAAUUUCAAGCAGCUGGCCUUGCCGUGACAUCGGCAGAACAGAGCCGGAGACCUCUAAUUAAACAUAGAAGCAACGAAAAGCCCGUAAGUAGUCCGGCUAGGUACGUUCAGGCCUCAGUUCAAGUAGAUGGUGAAUUUGACGGACAAGACGACGUCUUGAGCGAGCAAUCAGGCUCGAGCUCUGGGUCGUAUGUCGAGUUCACCCCAGCCGGUAAUCCAAUCGAGAUAUUACCAAGCCCAAAAUCAAAACCGAAGCGGAAAUUAUUGUCUAAGGACAGAGGAAGCAUAUUGCCAUGGUUAAGAAAGAAGUCACCAGCCAAGGAAAGCCAUAGCGGCAGCCGAGCCAGGCCACAGUAUACACGUCAGCCCGUCAAGGAUAGCCAGGUUAGUCACCGGGUAAAGACUAUAGAUUCCCAACAUGCACGGCACAACCAUUCUUCUCUCAGCCCCGGGACCCGACCGUCUGGAUUCCGUCGUGCAGCUACAUCGAAACCGAUUGCUUCUCCUACACGCCGUGAGCCAUCUGGUCGAAAGUUGUCAUGGGUCGAAGUUAAGCGCGGUGACCAUGGACGACAUUCAGUAGCAAUGGCUCCACGAGCUGGUCCAGAACCUGGGACGAUGCAAUCAUUAGCGCAUACUGGCCUACGCAAGCGAGAUGUGGCCAUGGCUCGUCUCCCUCUCCCUGAAACCAUCGAAGAAGAAAAGGAGACAUCUCCGACUCGUGUAGACCAGGAAAAGAUUCAGAUAUAUCAUGCCGCUGAACCAAAAUAUGCUCCAGUUCCCGUCACCAAAAUGGGUCAACGUAAACGUAGCAUGUCGCCACGAACAUCUCCGAAUCACGUAGACCAGGAAAAGAUUCAGAUAUAUCCUGGCGCCGAACCAAAAUAUACUCCAGUUCCCGUCACCAAAAGGGGUCAACGUAAACGUAGCGUGUCGCCACGGACAUCUCCUUCCACAGUUCCUUCGCUGCCAUCUGCGGCGCGGUAUGCUGUUAGCCGGGCUUCCUCUUUAGAGCGGGCAUUGGAUGAAGUUUCUCAGAAGCUCGAGAAGUUGGAGCAGGAAGCCGAUAAGUCGACUCAGUUAUGCAACCGCCCUGCGACCUUGGUAGAUAAGACGAAUCAGAAGCAAUACUCACCCCGUCACUCUAAUCAUUACGCUUCCGGGAUUACUCCCACACGCCGGCCUAGACUAAACGAAGAGAUCAUCUUUGUAAACCGGAAGAUGCCUCCCAUUUCAAGGCCAAAGAAGCCAUCACCAUCCUUGCCUAAGCCUACUCGGGAGCCACCUGCUCCACCGCCGAAACAGCUAAUAUCCCAUACCUCAAAGGAAAAGACGCUACCUACGAUACCUCAGACUGGAGACAUUUUAAAGGAUUUGGACGUAUUCUUUGAUUAUGAGGACGCACAUAUCAGCGACAGAGACGUCAUCAAGGGUCUUCAAGUGGCUAUACACGCGGCAGCAGAUAAUACGUAUGAUGCAAUGAUACGGGCAAAAACUGGACUGAGGAUUCGACGGUUAUUAGCGGAUCUAAGAGCGGUUGGUGAAAUGCAAGACGAAGACCCAGUCGGCCAAUGUGCUAAAGAUUAACUUACGAGGUCUACGAGACUUCUAAAAAUACAGGAUAGAAAGAGAGGUAUACAUCAGACUGAUUCCUAGAUGAGUCUCAUACCUUUUGGCUUACGGUAGACGCAAAAGCAUUACGUCGGCUCUGCGUGUCUGAGGACAGAACCAGUCUUUAGCAGUUUACACAAAGUAGUUAGACUAGGUAGCUAAUGCUACUUAAUAGAGACGAUGAUUUGGUUCGAUUAUUUCUCGG